AUGAGUCGUAGAACUAAGUCUUGGAUUGUAUGGAUGCGAAAGAUCCAACUUAUCCUUCGACUGCUGGGACUCAAUGCCAGUCUGGGAAUUCUAGCAAUGACCAUUUUGAUUACUGGAAUUGAUGAUCAAGUAACUUGGGCCUUGAGGAUAGUGUCUGGCCUAGCUGCUCUUCAUUGCGCGUAUGGCAUAUACCAUCUUGCCCGUGCUGCGGGCGGCCGCACUCCCUCGUCAUCUGCGGCGUAUCAGUUUUUCGCUGUUCUGGCGGAUUUUUGUGUUGCCCCUGUCUAUGCCUACGGAGCCAAGAUCGUUACCGAUCACUCGGAAGAGUGGUCCACGUUACUCUCUAAUAAGACGCUCGCCCCCACGUUCGCUCUCAUCCUGUAUUGCGUCUUACUGGCAGCAGGAGGUCUCCAAAUUUUAUGUCUUUGCAUCUCGCUCUGGCUUGGCGUCAUGUUCAGGAGGAUUGCCCUCAUGCCACCCGACAUGAAUCCCCUCGAAGAGCAUUUGACCGCUCGUUCUCGCCACAAACGUGCGAAGUCUUCCAUUUCCACGUGUUACACGGAAGCCUCCUUUGAUAAGCGGCUUUCUACGGCAUCGACAAUACGUGGCCCGGUUGUACCAUUCCACUCGACGCGCAGUGGUUUGUCCGUUACCUCAAGUAACCGGGACUCUCGUCUGGACUUGCCUAGCCGCCACUACCAGAUUGCUCCUGGCGCAUCGCCCCGGCAUUCAGUAUGUUCCACCGACAUUAAAACUCUCUCGACAGCUGCAUCUCGCCUGAGCCAAAGGGGCUCAUACGUAGGUAUACCUAUGGACGAGCCAAGUAUGGGGAACCCAGAUAUCGAUAACCCUAGCCCCGUCGGAAAUCAGAAGCCAAGAGGCGGAAAGUUCACCGAGACCUGGCAUGCCACGGACUCAUUGAUAUCUCGUACCCAGCAACGCAACCGCGUAAUAGCGGCCCAGGAACAUGAGAAGGAAAAGCAAAGUUGGGGUCGAUUCAAUCAGUCGUAUGCAUAUGGCGAUUCGAACUCGGAUGGAGAGAAGGAAAAUGAGAUCCUCACGGGUAGCGACUGUGAAGAUAGUAUAAGUGUGUCUGGCUCGCAUCAUCCCAACCCGCUACGACUGAAUCCUGCUGCACCGCCUCGGCCGAAAACCCCUUAUUAUGCGUUUUCCUCCGAUAUUCUUUCCGACAUGAGUACCAGCAAGUACAGCCGCCUUCCGGAUGAUACAGGCGACAAAUCAGCCCCUGUAUUGACUACUAAAGUGGCGGGUUAUCGAAAUAGCUCGAUCCAGCCAGAUGUGGCCUUCUAUUCAAAACCGUACGGUGAGCUGAAGCCCGCAACCCCGCCAAUCAUGGUAGGCAGUAACCGUCACGUCUCUUCUGGGAAUGACUAUGACGGUUCAACCUCCAGGAUUGGUCGCCGUAAUGUUAGUGGGAAGGUUGCAGAGGAGGGAAGGGCGGGAAGACCUUAUGAGAGAUAUGGCCGACAUGAUGAUAUGUGA